AAAUACUGAUGUGUAUUUAUUUGGAAGAAAAGCCAGGUAAACAACACACCUGCAGUCUGCAGAGUAAAAGAGAGAGAGAAGGAAGUAAGACAGAGAGGAAGACGGGGGGAUAACAGCAGAGCAAAGUGGAGAGAGAGAGAGAAAGAGGAGGAGCAACAGAAUAAAGAGAAAUACAGAGAGGCAGAGAUCUCCACACAUCAGUUAGUAAGAAGACAAGAGCGAGAGAGGACAUGAAAGGGUAGAAGACGUAAAGAAUAUAAAAAGAAAAGAAAAGAAGCAAGUUAAGAAAAGACAUAAAGAAGAAAGUGAGAGGCUGAGGGAGUUGUUGCUCGGUUGGGAAUCCAUCCAGCAGACUGCAGAGACUUCACUUUGUGACAAAAGCAGUGUGUGAGAGUGUACUGGGAGGACAGACUGGUUUCUACCCACAGUGAGCAGACUGCCAAGCACCAUGGCUGACAACAUGAACGAGGAGUCGGAUUAUAACCCAGGGAAAGAUGAGCUGGACUGGGGCUACGAGGAAGGUGUAGAAUGGGGACUCCAUUUCCCAGCAGCCAACGGCGAGUACCAGUCUCCCAUUAACUUAAACUCCAGGGAGGCUCAGUAUGACCCGUCCCUCCUGGAUGUCGGCUUAUCACCAAACUACGUGGUGUGUCGAGACUGUGAGGUCAUCAACGAUGGACACUCUGUCCGCAUCAUUCUCAAGUCCAAGUCAGUGGUUACCGGUGGUCCGUUGCCUAGUGAUCAUGAGUAUGAGCUUCAUGAGGUUCGAUUCCACUGGGGCAAAGAGAACCAGAGAGGGUCAGAGCACACUGUCAACUUCAAGGCUUUCCCUAUGGAGCUCCAUCUGAUUCACUGGAACAGCACUCUGUUCAACACUUUGGAGGACGCUCUUGGGAAGAAGAAUGGAGUCCUCAUCAUAGCUCUUUUUGUGCAGAUCGGUAAGGAGCAUCUGGGUCUUAAAGCCAUCACUGAAGUUCUACAGGACCUGCAGUACAAGGGGAAGAGCAAGAUUAUCCCCUGCUUCAACCCCAACACUCUGUUACCUGACCCUUUACUGAGAGACUACUGGGUGUAUGAAGGAUCUCUGACCACACCACCUUGUAGUGAAAAUGUGACAUGGAUCCUCUACCGCUACCCUCUCACCAUCUCACAGUUACAGAUUGAAGAGUUCCGGAGGCUGCGAUCCCAUUUUAAAGGGGCGGAGCUAUUGGAAGGGAAUGAUGGGAUGUUGGGGGACAACUUCCGUCCCACCCAGCCGCUCAGUGACCGGACGGUUCGUGCCGCCUUCCAGUGACUCUCACUUUCCACUGUCAACUCAGAAAACUAUGGGACUUACAGAUACAAGUACAGAAGGUAAUAGUGUUAAAAUGAGUUCUGCUCGGUCCUGUUUUAACAUACAGCACUUUAAUGAAAAAGUAUUGUCCUGAGCAUAAGAUCAAUAUCUACCCAGAAUCAAUAAAGCAUCAAACUACAUACAGUACACACGUGCCUAUUUAAACAUCCAGCAGAGACAGAGCAACAUUAGCAUUCAUUUAUAGUCAUUUUCUUUCCACCCGAUGAAUGUGAAUUCAAUACUGCUGCUAAAUACUCCUCUAUGUUCACCAGCGUUUUUCUCUUUUUCACUGAAGACAGCCGUCUGCUGCUGGAAAUAACACUCACUCAGAUUGGUGAUAGUCAAACAAAAUGUGCGGCGGAAAAGCUAAAGUGCUCUGUACAACUGAGGGAACAUGCAGAGUGGGGGGAUGAUUCUCUGACAUCAUUCACUUUACAUGUGGUGAUUUAGCCCAUUGUAAAUAUAAAACACUGAUUUGUGAGGCUUUAAUUUGCAUAUACAUGACACAAACACAUUAAAGUGUCCAAUAAAUGUGUAAAUAAAUGAUAAAAUAACUGACCAGCAUUUGCUGAACUUAUUUCAGUAAGUUCCGCACAUUUCCUCACAAGGGAGAGUCUUUUAUUGGAUCUAGGCAUGCAGUCCCUGAGGUAUGUGGCUCCUCUGAAACUACACUGUAGUGGGUCAAGCCCUGGAAGAACUAACCCAGUUCAGAUACUAAUCUGGGACUAGCCUACAUACAGCAUAUAGUCUGGUGUAUGGUGGGAUCCCAGAUUUAGCUGAGCAGCACUGCAGCAGGCCGACAGGGCAGAACGUUUGGAGGGCAAGAGGAGGGUAAAAAAAAGACAAACGUGACUUUCUGAGUUUCUUAACUUUUGAGGAUAUUAAAUCUUUGUGGUUAUUUCUACAUGUCAGAAUGGUACGAUGUGGAAAACAGAAGAGCAAGGACCUGCAAGGAAAUGUUGGUGUAACACUAUGUUAUAGUUUAUUCUUCUAAGCAGUCUGACUCAUAAACACUACUAUCAGUUAGCCUUGGCACACAGAAUGUGAGGGACAGGAUGAACACACUAUCUUCCAUGCAGUAAAUUAUCUCAUUUGACAUUGGUGUAGCAACUGACUUCAAUAAAUCAUGUUCCAUGCUUAGUUGUAGGUCUUCUUCUUUAAAGGUGUUCUUCAUUUAGAAGAAUAGAAUACUUUCAAGACACAGAUGAAAAAGACUCAAGAUCAAAGCAGCAGGAGUGGAGAUAUUCUGACUUUGAAUCCCUGGAUCCUGUAUUUGCCAUAAUGAAACUUUAAAGCAUUGGACCAUCCUUGACUGGUGAAAGCUCCUUUAAAGGACUAGUUCAUCCCCAAAAUGACCAUUUUUAUAUCAAUUACUCCCCCGUGUUACCUUAAAUUCUGGAAGAAAACGUUGUUUUUCGCACAUGCAUUGCCUCCACGGUGAAUGGAGAAUCCAAAAACGGAGAAUGAUGAAUUGAAGUAAACGGUUUAACAACAGCAAAACUACAUCAAAACAUCUGUUUACAAACUCUCACACAACUCGGGCAGAAUAAUUCAAGUCUCAUGUUUUUAGUUGUAUGCUCACUACUUCCUAAACACAAGCAUUUUCACUAAAACCUUGCUAUUUAAAGCACUUCCACAUAAACACUCUCACACUGGCACCGACGCGUUGCUCGUCCUUGCAUGAGACAUAGAGUGUCUUGAAGUUUCCUUAAAGAAUUCAAGGCAACACAGGGGGAGUACUUGAUAUAGAAAUUAUCAUUUUGGGGGGAGGUUUUCCUUUAAAGACAUGACCCCUUCGCUGAGAAGAUUGGUAACCUCAUUGCACAUUUACAAUGUCAACCAUAGAACAAAAACCUGGCAAGUAGAUGUCUUCAUGCAGUCAUGGUGUUUUAGGAGUUAUAAUGACAAAAUUACUAAUAAAGAUGUUAAGUGUGCUGCUUUAUUUUAAACAAAUCAUUGCUGUUUCACUGAAUAAAGCUCCAACACCAAACUUUGAACUACCAAAUAGUGUUUACCCUCCAAAAUUGCAAAAUGUAUUUUUACAGAGCAGCACUUAUUAGAGUUCUUCAUAGUUUUCAUAACCCUGUGAAACCACUCAAUAUUUGAGCUGAAUUCCACAUAGUUCAUAUUCAAGGAGAGAGAUGAGAGUAACAGGAAGCUUAGAUGGAAGAAGGAAAACAAAGUGUGUUGAGAGGAGGGAGAAAGAGGGGUACUGUGGGGAAGAGAGGUGAAAAUGCCAGAGGGAUGAAAGAAGAGGAGACAGAGGAGAAAAAACAGAGGAAUAUUGUUUACAAUGUAACCUGAUGCUGAUCCGGUCCCACCAGCACAAACCCACCUGAGACAAGACCUGCAAACGAGAGAGAAGAGGCAGAGCAGUGGAUAGUAGAGCGAGCUGGGAGCAUUAAAGCAGAGAGGGUGAUCUUUAAUGUUAGGUAAACCUCCAGAACAUUCCUAUCUUUCUCUUUUUCACACUGCCUGCCAAAAUAUACACAACCCUCUUUGUCCGUGUUCUGAAGAAACCAGAGUCUACAGCCGUGUCAGCAGCUCUGUGAGGCUGUGCUCAGAUUAUAUAUUACAAUGCUGACAUCACAGUAGCAAUGUUAACAUGCUGAUGCUAAGCAGGUAAACUGUUUUCCAUGUUCACUGUCUAGUUUAGCAUGCUAAUGUUAAGAUAAACAAAAUGAACAAUGUCUUAUUCAUUAAGUUUACAUAAGGGGCCCUAUAUAAAAAUCCAUACCAUAUGUAAAUAACAAAUAUAUGUUUUGACAACAUGAUCUCAAAGGUCAUAAGAAGGUAACCUUUGUAUCUGGAAUUGAUUACCUUGGUGCCAUGAAGUUUGAGGCAAUAGAAGUAGACCAAUGUAUGUUGAAAGUAUGUUGCGACAGGGUUCGUGCAGCUCCUAUAUAAGGGACAAGAUUGUCUUUGUCUGAGGGACACUACGCGGUUGUGCUUGGAAGCAGGUAGUGUUCUCAUUAUUAUUGUUUAUUGUACAACAAAAUAAUAAUUAAUCAAC